UCCCGAAACACAAACAUAGCUCCUCUCCUCCUGUGCGCGCUCACCGCUGCACAGUAUCCACCCAUAAGAGCAUAUAGGCGCAGUGCAACACGAUCAGUACGGGCUGCGCUAGCUUCUUAGUCUAGCGAGGGAGCAGGCGGGCACUGUGCAGGAGGUGAUCCAUGGCGAGCACGGUGGAGUCUCCGACGAGCUCGUGCGUGUCGUCGGACACGGAGGAGGAGGCCGCGGCGGUGACGAAGCCGAUGGUGGUGGUGGGGUGCCCGCAGUGCCUCAUGUACGUGAUGCUGUCGGGGGCGGCCGAGGAGCAGCCCCGGUGCCCCCGGUGCAAGAGCCCCGUGCUGCUGCACUUCCUCCACGGCGCCGUCGCCGACGCCGCCAGCACCAACAGGCAGCAGCCCAGCAAGAGCUAGCCAGCCAAGAUGCUGCCGCUUGGUCGCUGCAUGCUGCUUGCUGAUCAAUCGCUAGCUUCUCCCGUCAUCGAUCUCCACCAUGUUCUAACUCGUGUAUUCUGAUGCACCCUGUAUUCUUGUUUUUUUUUUUUUCCUUUUCGUCGACGGUAAAUUCCAUGCGAGUAGAGCUCUCAAGAAGACAAGAACACAAUCUUUUACAGCCUGGUGCAAUUGGUUCCGUUUUUACUGUCUCUUAGCAGUGGCUGUCCUUCUCCAACAACCUUUAGAUGUAUGCACGUGUUCUGCACCGUGAAGGUUGAUAUCUGUUUUAAUCUGCUCCUUAAUUUUGGUUUGAAUAAGAUGAGAUUUCAUUAA